GUCAGCACUGCCUUCUGGGUAAGCUGUGUCUGAAAAUUUUGAAGAGCGCCUGCGUGCGUUCCGUCUUUCCUUUUGCCUUGUUGCAGCCAAGGAAGCAACAUGGGACACCAGCAGCUUUACUGGAGCCAUCCGAGAAAAUUCGGCCAGGGUUCUCGUUCUUGCCGCGUCUGCUCAAACCGGCACGGUCUGAUCCGGAAAUACGGCCUCAAUAUGUGCCGCCAGUGUUUCCGCCAGUACGCGAAAGACAUCGGCUUCAUUAAGUUGGACUAAGUGUGAACUUCUUGAAUGGGUCAUCACGCAUAUCUACCUUCCUCAGAAACAAUACUAACUCUUUGUAUAUAAAAUAAAAAAUUUAAAACUUCA